GGCCCCGACAGCCGGCAAAGAGGCGACGCGACCCGGCGCGAUGCUGCGGAUCCUGCUCCUGGCCGCCUUCGUCCUCUGCGGACGCUGCUCGGAGGAGCUGCCGGACAAGGCGCAGCGGGUGGUCGGCGGCACCGAAGUGCAGCCGCACGCGUGGCCGGCGCAGAUCUCCCUCCAGUAUUACUCCAGCGGGAGCUGGCACCACACCUGCGGCGGGUCCCUCAUCCGGCAGAACUGGGUGAUGACGGCGGCUCACUGCGUCGACAGCAACCUGAACUUCCGUGUGGUUGCUGGAGAUCACAACAUCUACCAGAACGAGGGCACCGAGCAGGUCUUCAGCGUCAGCAAGAUCAUCAUCCAUCCCUUCUGGAACAAGAACAACGUCGCCGCGGGCUACGACAUCGCCCUGCUCCGGCUCUCCGGCAGCGCCACCCUCAACAGCUACGUGCAGCUGGCGGUGCUGCCCCAGGAGGGGACCAUCCUGGCCAACAACUACCCCUGCUACAUCUCCGGCUGGGGCCGGACGCGGACCAACGGGCAGCUCUCGAGCGUGCUGCUCCAGGCGUACCUGCCCGUCGUGGCCUACGACAUCUGCUCCAGCUCGUCCUACUGGGGCUCCACCGUCAAAUCCACCAUGGUGUGCGCCGGUGGCGACGGCGUGCGCGCCGGCUGCCAGGGCGACUCGGGCGGCCCCUUGCACUGCGCCGUCAACGGCCGCUACCAGGUUCACGGCGUCACCAGCUUCGUCUCCAGCCUGGGCUGCAACGUGAAGAACAAGCCCACGGUCUUCACCCGCGUGUCCGCCUACAUCUCCUGGAUCAACAGCGUGAUCGCCCAAAACUGAGCGGGCCGCGGGGGCGGCCGGAGCCGCCGUCCGCCCCGCGUUCCCGGCGGCAGCCGCCGGGCCCCUCUC